UGUUUGUUUUCCAGCCGGAGGCUGGAGAGCGGCCGGGUUCCUGCUGCUCCACCAUGCGCCGCGCGGCCCGUGCGACUCGCCGGACCUCCCGGGCGUCCCUAUACCGACCGCUCGGCCUGUCCUAGCAGGGAUCGCCCCCACCCCCAGUUCCCGAGAGGGCUGCUGCGCCCCACUCGCCGAGGAGCUGCGCUCACCGCAGGGGCGGGCCCCCGCCUGCGUUCGCGGCGCCAGCAAAAGACUGAUCUUUGAAAAUAUGUAUUUGGGAGAUAGUCACGUUCUAUUGAAUACCUUGUGCUGGUGCUGCCAUCGAAAAAUCUGGUUACACUCCGGGGAGGCCGGCUGCCUCUGCAGGACUGCACCGCCUCGGCCCUGAGAUGAGUGUCCGGCCUGAGCAGGCACACCAUGAAUAGAUACACAACAAUCAAGCAACUCGGGGAUGGAACCUAUGGUUCCGUCCUACUGGGACGAAGCAUUGAGUCCGGGGAGCUGAUUGCUAUUAAAAAAAUGAAAAGAAAGUUUUAUUCCUGGGAGGAAUGCAUGAACCUUCGGGAGGUUAAGUCUUUAAAGAAGCUCAACCAUGCCAAUGUCGUAAAAUUAAAAGAAGUUAUCAGGGAAAAUGAUCAUCUUUAUUUUAUCUUCGAGUACAUGAAGGAAAACCUUUACCAGCUCAUUAAAGAAAGAAAUAAGCUGUUUCCUGAAUCUGCUAUAAGGAAUAUCAUGUAUCAGAUAUUACAAGGACUUGCAUUUAUUCACAAACACGGCUUCUUCCAUCGGGACUUAAAGCCUGAGAACCUCCUCUGCAUGGGCCCGGAACUUGUGAAAAUUGCAGACUUUGGGUUGGCUCGAGAGAUCCGAUCGAGACCCCCAUACACAGACUAUGUAUCUACCAGAUGGUACAGGGCUCCAGAAGUGCUCCUGAGGUCCACCAACUACAGCUCCCCCAUUGACAUCUGGGCAGUGGGCUGCAUCAUGGCGGAAGUGUACACGCUCAGGCCACUCUUCCCUGGGGCCAGUGAAAUUGACACCAUCUUCAAGAUUUGCCAACUGUUGGGGACACCUAAAAAGACCGACUGGCCUGAAGGCUACCAACUUUCAAGUGCAAUGAACUUCCGCUGGCCCCAGUGCGUACCCAAUAACUUAAAGACCCUGAUUCCAAAUGCUAGCAGUGAAGCCAUUCAACUCCUGAGAGACAUGCUUCAGUGGGAUCCCAAGAAACGGCCAACAGCUAGUCAGGCACUUCGAUAUCCCUACUUCCAGAUUGGGCAUCCACUGGGCAGCACCACACAGAGCCUUCAGGAUUCAGGAAAACCUCAGAAGGAUGUCCUGGAAAAGCCAGGCCCACCUCCUCACAUUAAGCCGGUCCCACCUGCCCAGCCCCCAACCAAGCCACAUGCACGGAUUUCUUCGAGACAGCAUCAGGCCGGCCAGCCCCCUCAGCAUCUCAUGUACCCCUACAAAGCCGAGGCUUCCAGGACAGAUCACCUGAACCAUCUUCCAGAGGACAAGCCAAGCCCAUUGCUCUUCCCGUCCCUCCAGACCAAGAAUCCUCAGUCGAAAAUGCUGGCUGGCCUGGAACACAAAAAUGGGGAGAUCAAACCAAAGAGUAGGAGAAGGUGGGGUCUUGUGUCCCGGUCAACAAAGGAUUCCGAUGACUGGGCUGACUUGGAUGACUUGGAUUUCAGUCCAUCUCUCAGCAGGAUAGACCUGAAAAACAAGAAGAGACAGAGCGAAGAGACCCUGUGCAGAUUUGAGAGUGUUUUGGAUCUGAAGCCCUCUGAGCCCGUCAGCACAGGAAAUAGCGCCCCCACCCAGACCUCCUAUCAGAGACGGGACACCCCGACCCUGAGGUCCGCGGCCAAGCAGCACUACUUGAAGCACUCCCGAUACUUGCCUGGAAUAAAUAUAAGAAAUGGCAUACUUCCAAAUCCAGGCAAGGAUUUCAUUCCAUCUAACCUGUGGUCUAGUUCUGGUUUGUCUGGAAAAUCUUCAGGGACGGUAUCGGUAAUCAGCAAAAUAAAUUCAGUUGGUUCCAGCUCUACAAGUUCUAGUGGACUGACUGGCAACUAUAUCCCCUCCUUUCUGAAAAAAGAAGUUGGUUCUGCUAUGCAGAGGGUACACUUGGCACCUAUUCCAGACCCUUCCCCUGGCUAUUCUUCCCUGAAGGCCGUGAGACCUCAUCCUGGGCGACCUUUUUUCCACACGCAGCCGAGGAGCACUCCUGGCUUGAUGCCCCGGCCACCGGCUGCCCAGCCAGUGCAUGGCCGGACAGACUGGGCCUCUAAGUACGCGUCUCGGCGAUGACGGUCUCGAAGCUUCUGGAGGUGCGGGAAAGCAGGACAUGGUCCCUCUGUCAACUGGCGUUCUGCUGGCAAGAAGCUUGCGGAUGGCGUAAAAGCAAACCAACACUUUAUAGUUGUUCCUCUGAACUAAGACUUUUCAAUAUUCUUUAAAAAAAUUUUUUUUAAAUAUUGAUUUGAACACAGUACCCUUUUUUUGUACAAAAUUAUUUUAUUCUAAAACUGGGUCCCAUUAUUUUCUUAAACAGCGGCAUUUUGUAUAUAUGGAUUAUGUUUUAGCAUUUUAUACAGUCAACUUUGUAAUGGACUUUUUAAAAAUUAAUUGACUUUCCUUUGGGGUUCCAGAUAAUAUUUUAUACAGAUUUUUAAAAAUUUAAUAAUAUUGAUGCAGUAUUGCAACAGGGGUGCAAUUUAAGGCUACAUGAUAGAGGGUUAUUUACUCAAUGCGUGCAGAUGUUUGUGAAGUGGUUAAAUUUUAAAUGUGGCACUUCGGCCCUCCCGGCCCUCAUGGACUAGUAUCAGCACUAGAAAUGAUCUGCUUUUCUCAAUAUCCCGUUAUUCAUUUGAUUUUUUUGAUACCACCGUGCUGUUCUUUUCAUUUUGUGUUUUCUUUUACAAUUCAUUUCAUUUUGUGUGUUUCCCAAAUGAAAGAACUCUAAGUAAAUAUUUUUUAUGUGUACAGCAACCCUUUAUGGUGGUCGGAGAUGUGUGAAAUGAAAGCGAGCUUUACCACGCUAGGCCACCGUACUCUGCUUUUCUUCCAUUUUUAAAGUCAAAUCGUCUAAGUUCCUACAGAAGGGAAGCUUUCCAGGCCAACACGUUUUUUGUUUUUGUUUUUAUUUUUUUAAUGUUUAUUUUUUAGAGAGAGAGUGAGAGAGAGGCAGAGAAAGAGGGA